CUAGAGGCUAAAUUCUGGGCCAAUAUACACAAGAUGUCAUUAUCGCAUAUUUUAAAAUCUACUUUACCCACAUAAGUCUCAGAACAAUCCGUUUAAUGCCAAAAAUUGGUCUUUGAAAUAUUUAAUCUCUCAAUGGAUACAGAUUCUCUCAACAACUCCCUACCAAACACCGGCAUAAGACCUGUGGACUCUGAAAUUGGCAGAUUGGCCGAAUAUGAUGAGGAUUUCCUCUCAAAAGUCAUCGCAAAGGCACUCCCCUCAAAUUACAACUUUGAGGUUCGCAAAUGUAUCGCAAAAAUACGGCAAAAGGAAGCUUCAUGUGUAGCCUUGCAGAUGCCCGAAGGACUUCUUCAUUGGGGCUGUGAAAUUAGUGAUAUACUUUUGUUCUUUUGUCCUUCACUUACUGAGGUUGUUAUAAUGGCAGAUGUGACAUAUGGAGCGUGUUGUAUCGACGAUCUUACAGCAGCUUGCCUAGGAUGUGACUUGGUUAUUCACUAUGGUCAUUCAUGUUUGAUACCGAUAAAUACAGUAACUUUAGAUUGUCUAUACGUUUUUGUUGAAAUUUCGUUUCCAGCGGAUAAGCUGGUAGAUUCCAUAAAGACAAAUUUUGAUGAAAACGAUCACCUUAUUAUGCUUGGAACGAUCCAAUAUUCUAAUGUUCUAAGGGAGACUGCCGCCAAGUUGGAUGCAGAUGAUUAUUUUAAGUACCAAGUAGAUAUUCCACAGGCAUUACCUUUGCUGCCAGGGGAAGUUUUGGGUUGCACAUCGCCAAAGAUCGACGUUGGGAAAAUUAGGAGGAAGAUUGCAAAUGGCUCAGUGGAAGCUGAAAAUGAUGCUUUAGCCGUUCCAAAUGCAACUGACAAGAUAAUAUUUAUAGCGGAUGGGAGGUUUCAUCUGGAAAGUACGCUCAUUCAGAAUCCAGGGAUACAACUUUUUCGGUUUGAUCCCUUCAGCAAGAUAUUUUCGGAGGAGUCAUACGACUUGGAGUGUCUACAAAACACAAGACAUGAUGCCAUAAUAAAUGCCAGGCGAUCACGCAAAAUUUGUAUCAUACUCAGUACUCUCGGAAGACAAGGAAACACCAAUAUUUUUAAAAAUAUUUCCGAUUUACUCACAGAGAACAAGAUAGACCAUUUUAAGCUUAUGCUCUCUGAGAUAACUCUUGAAAAACUCGAGUCUAUAGAUGCAGAUGCUUUCAUCCAGGUUGGAUGUCCUCGACUAUCCAUUGAUUGGGGGACAUCGUUUAAGAAGCCCAUAUUAAACCCAUAUGAGUCAUAUGUUGCAUUUGGAAAGGUAGAAUACAAGAGAGUUUACCCGAUGGAUUAUUACUCCAGGGCAGGAGGAGACUGGGCAAAUUAUCCUGCAAAUGCCAAGGCCACAGAUGCAGUGGACCCAAAGGAGAUGAUUCGACAAAGAUUAAUGCAGAGGUCAAUGAAUGCAAAACGUGUAGAGUACUCUAGUUAG